AUGGACCAAUCAUCUGCUUUACUGCCUCCGCAACAACCUUAUGCUAGAUCAGGCGGACGACAUCCUAAUCCAGUUUGUGUAUUAUGCCGAUUGCGGGUGUCGGGUCAUAAAUCAAGAUGUACUCGUCCUAUGGAAGGCCACGGGUGCACUGCGUGUAAGCGGUAUGGCCUUCCCUGCGUCUUCGGCGGCAUCGCGUUACCAACUUAUCCCGGCCCAGUAAAGCGACAACUUGGUAUGGCAACUUGCAACGGGUGUCGGGAAUUAAAUGUACGCUGCGAUAUGAAAAGACCGUGCGAUAGGUGCCAUAUUGCUGGAAAACAGUGCACAGGAGAGUUCUUUCAUUGUUUCCAUCGUGGCGUGCCCGGCGAUGACAUGUACGGUUACUAUCUAAAUCUUGGAUUUGGUCCCGAGGGCGUUAAUCACGUCCAUAGUCAGCAGAUUUUCGCCUGGGAAGUCCCUUAUAAUUAUAAUCUAGAGUAUCUAGAAUGGGAGAGGAGGAAAGCUUUGAACAACCAAGUGGUACAAAAGCGACUAACUCAACCAGUCGUGAAAGAAUAUAAGCAAACAGGAGAACACCUGCGAAACGCAGUAAAUCAAGGAGUCCCCGUGGAUUACGACCGGAUCCUCGAGGACUUGACCAAGGAUGUUAACGAUAACGUACCGUUGAAUGAAUCUCAAGUCGCCCGAGAUCUAAUAUACUAUCUUAGCAAAAAGUCUAUGAGUAUCUCUUCGUUUGAGGAACUCCCAAUCCAAAAAAGCGAAUUCAAUAUUCUCUACAAUGAGGCAGACCUUCAAAAACUUAAUCCGGGCUCGCAGUCGCAUUAUUCCUACAUCGCGCCUCUCAGAAACACGGCAUCACGCCCUCUUACCCGCCCUACAUCUCCUGGCCCUGCUCGGCCCCAGUACUGGAUACCGUGGGCCACGAAAAGUGAUGAUAUACCCGUAUAUGAUAAUUCGUUAUACUUCAAGCCGGGAAGUCCCGAGAGGAUUAACCUUGGUGCUAUCCGAAGGAACCCUUUCAAGAGUCACCCGAACGAGAAUGCAGAGAGUGUGCUAUCGACAAUUCCGUUUCGGCGUAUGUGGGACGAGGGGCAUAUGUAUUCCACGCGAAGACCCUGUCAGGAAGAGAAUCAUACCGGAAAAUGCAAUAAGGACACAGACCGAGGUUGCGAAGAUACCUCACACAUAGGAGAAGGAGUUCCAAUUUGCGACGAGUGUGAGGCAACAAAUCGGGAAAAGUUUUACACCGAAUUUACAAUUCUUGCCCUACAAAUGAGGCAGUACUUAUGCCAUCAAUGCUCGAACGGUAAUAUCUCGAUUAUGGACCGUCUUGCGGGCACUGGAAGCAAAGUGCAUUAUAUACCCCAUCCAGGACGCCCAAUACCGGAUUUCACAAGUGAUUCGCUUGUCGGUACAGGCUUGACUGAGAAGGUGGCUGUAUCAGAUAUGCGCAUAUAUAUUGACAGCGUUUGGGGCAAGCAGGUUUGCCCUAUGUGCAAGGUCAAUCCCGGCAUUCACGAUUAUAAGUUUCGAGGGGUAGUAGGUGGGGAGAAUUGUGAUAAAAUCUGGGCGUGCUUGGUUUGCCACAGCUUCGUAGUCACUGGCGAUACUACCGGCCUAAUACCAAGGAAAUACACGCUGUCCGAGCAGCCUGCAGACCAGCAAGAAGCGGCACCGCCACCGUAUGGUAUCAGAAGGGAGGAGAGAGUCAAAGCAGAAGCUGAACUAAAGCAGUGA